AUGUUCGCUGCUAGGCAAGCUUUCACCCAGGCCCAGCGCCGCUGCUUCUCGGCCUCGGCCCGCCAGAACUCCAAGGUCACUGUCCUCGGUGCUGCUGGUGGUAUUGGCCAGCCAUUGUCGCUGCUGCUGAAGCUCAACCCCAGGGUUAACAGGCUCGCGCUCUACGACAUCCGUCUUGCUCCCGGUGUCGCUGCCGACAUUGGCCACAUCAACACCAAGAGCGAGGUCACCGGCCACGAGGCCACUCCCACCGGCCUUGCCGAUGCCCUCAAGGACUCCGAGAUUGUCAUCAUCCCCGCUGGUGUUCCUCGCAAGCCCGGCAUGACCCGUGAUGAUCUGUUCAACACCAACGCCUCGAUUGUCCGCGACCUCGCCAAGGCCGCCGCUGAGCACUCGCCCGAGGCCAACAUCCUGAUCAUCUCGAACCCUGUCAACUCCACCGUCCCCAUCACGGCCGAGAUCUUCAAGUCGCAGGGCGUCUACAACCCCAAGCGCCUCUUCGGUGUCACGACCCUCGACGUUGUCCGUGCCUCGCGCUUCAUCUCCCAGCUCAAGAACACCGACCCCGCUAUUGAGAACGUCACAGUUGUCGGAGGUCACUCUGGCGCGACUAUUGUCCCUCUUCUGUCGCAGUCUGGCUUCAACCUCUCUGGCGAGAAGCUCGAUGAGUACGUCAGGCGCGUGCAGUUUGGCGGUGACGAGGUUGUCCAGGCCAAGGACGGUGCUGGCUCUGCUACUCUGUCCAUGGCCAUGGCUGGUGCCCGCUUCGCCGAGUCUCUGCUCAAGGCUGGGCAGGGCCAGAAGAACGUGAUUGAGCCGACAUUUGUCGACUCUCCUCUGUACAAGGACCAGGGCUGCGACUUCUUUGCGUCCAACGUAGAGCUGGGCCCCAACGGUGUGGAGAAGAUCCACCCCGUUGGCAAGAUCACCGACUACGAGCAGAAGCUCCUCGACGCCUGCCUUUCUGACCUGAGCAAGAACAUCAAGAAGGGUGUUGACUGGGUCAAGCAGAACCCAUAG